UCUGUUGAGAAGGAUCAAUUGAAGGGAAACUCUGCAACUUGAACCAUUUUUGUUGAGAGGAUCAAGCUCAAUAGUCUCAACGAUACGUCGUCUUGCUUCGUUAAAGUCGAACGGGGAGAGAGAAAUAUCUUAAUGGCUGAGUCAUCAAUGGGGGCUCUCGUGCCAUCAGUGAAGUCGGAGCCGAAAUCUUCGUCAGCGGUGGCAGUAUCGUUGGAGGCAGUUGACGAAGCUGCAACAGUAGGAGGAGGCGAAGAAGCUCCACUAACAGCGGCAACAACAGCGAUGGCGGAGACGGCUGUGGCUGAGUUCGAUAAGGACUUCCUGUGUCCGAUAUGCAUGCAGGUCAUCAAAGACGCUUUCCUCACGGCUUGUGGUCACAGCUUCUGCUACAUGUGUAUUAUCACUCAUCUCCACAACAAGAACGAUUGUCCUUGUUGUGGCCACUAUCUGACCAACAAUCAGCUCUUCCCCAACUUUCUCCUCAACAAGCUAUUGAAGAAGACUACUGCUCGUCAAAUAUCAAAAACCACAUCUCCUGUGGAGCAUCUUCGUCGGGCAUUACAACAGGGAUGUGAAGUGCCACUUAAGGAGCUGGACAACCUAUUGUCUAUCCUUGCAGAGAAGAAAAGGAAGAUGGAGCAAGAAGAAGCUGAGACAAAUAUGCAAAUUCUACUCGACUUCUUGAACAGCCUGAGGAAGCAAAAACUGGAAGAGCUUAAUGAGGUACAAAAUGACCUCCAGUAUAUUAAGGAAGACAUUAGUGCCGUAGAGAGACACAGAAUAGAGUUAUAUCGAGCAACUGAGAGAUACUCAGUCAAAUUGCGAAUGCUUCAUGAUGAUCCUAUGGCAACAAAAGCUUGGCCUUCAUCAAUGGAUAAACAUGGCAGUGGUCUUGUAUCAAGUGCUCGUAGUGCCCAAGGUGGGAUGAGUUCAGGAAAUUUUCAGAACAAAAAAACUGAUGUAAAGGCUCAAGUGAGCUCUCAGGGACUCCAAAGAAAGGAUGCUUUUAUUAGUGCUUCUGAUCCGCAAAAUGUUGUUACUCACUCAGGACUUGCUGUGGCUAGAAAAAGGAGGGUCCAUGCACAGUUCAAUGACCUGCAAGACUGUUACCUGCAAAAGCGGCGGUUCUGGGGUAGCCAAUCACAUAAACAAGAGGAACGGAACACACAUGCCACUAGCAGAGAAGGUUAUCAUGCCGGGCUUGAGGAUUUCCAAUCUGUUUUGACAACCUUCACACGAUACAGUCGAUUGAGGGUCAUAGCGGAACUCAGGCAUGGGGAUCUUUUCCACUCAGCAAAUAUUGUAUCAAGCAUAGAAUUUGACCGCGAUGAUGAGUUAUUUGCUACCGCAGGAGUUUCUCGGCGCAUUAAGGUUUUUGAGUUUUCCUCAGUGGUGAAUGAACCUGCAGAUGUCCACUGUCCUAUAGUGGAGAUGUCCACACGUUCCAAACUCAGUUGCCUGAGUUGGAACAAGUACACUAAGAACCAUAUAGCCAGUAGUGAUUAUGAGGGGAUAGUAACUGUUUGGGAUGUAAAUACCCAGCAGAGUGUGAUGGAAUAUGAAGAACAUGAAAAGCGAGCUUGGAGUGUUGAUUUUUCACGCACUGAGCCAUCGAUGCUUGUGUCUGGUAGUGAUGAUUGCAAGGUUAAAAUCUGGUGCACGAAUCAGGAAGCGAGCGUACUCAACAUUGACAUGAAAGCGAAUAUCUGUUGUGUCAAGUAUAACCCCGGAUCUAACAUCUAUGUGGCGGUUGGUUCUGCUGAUCAUCACAUUCACUAUUAUGAUUUGAGAAACUAUAGCCAUCCACUCCAUGUAUUUAGUGGGCACAGGAAAGCUGUUUCAUAUGUGAAAUUCUUGUCCAACAACGAGCUUGCAUCUGCAUCUACAGACAGCACAUUGCGGCUAUGGGAUGUAAAGGAAAAUUUACCAGUGCGCACAUUUAGAGGCCAUACAAACGAGAAGAACUUUGUGGGUCUCACUGUUAACAGUGAAUACAUUGCUUGUGGCAGUGAAACAAAUGAAGUGUUUGUUUACCACAAGGCAAUAUCCAAACCUGCAGCUUGGCAUAGAUUUGGUUCAUCUGAUCUGGAUGAUACUGACGACGAUGCCGGAUCCUACUUCAUUAGUGCUGUUUGUUGGAAAAGUGAUUCGGCGACAAUGUUAACUGCCAAUAGUCAAGGAACUAUCAAAGUUCUUGUCCUUGCAGCAUGAAUCGGAAGGAAAAAUGGGUGGCAAAAGAAGGGUUGAGAAGAAGGGUAUUGUUCCACUUGCCUCAACUAUUUGUUGAACUUGCUGUUAAUUGUUUUGUACAUAUUAAAGUGGUGAAAUGGGUAGCUUGGAAAAGUUAGGUUAUGAGUCCUUGCAUAUUGAUUCUCAAUUGUAGUUAAGCCAACAACCUUCAAUUCC